GGUUUCAGCUCACAUGAGAUGAAAGCUUGGAGACAGCACUGGAAUCAUCAACUUUACAAAGCUCUGGAGCAUCAAUAUCAAAUGGGCUUGGAAGCACUCAAUGAAAAUUUGCCAGAAAUAAAUAUUGAUCUAACAUUCAAGCAAGGCCGGUUACAGUUCAGACCUCCAUUUGAAGAAGUACGAGCCAGAUAUUACAGAGAAAUGAAGAGAUUCAUCUCCAUUCCAAAUCAGUUUAGGGGAGUGAGUGAGACAGAAGAUGAGGCCAUCUUCACUGUUAUGACUGAAAGAAAUGCCAGUGGAUUUCUGACUGCUUUCAGUAAGGCAGAAGAUUUGUUCAGAAGAUUGGCAGAAGUUUCUGAUCAAUUUCAGGAAUGGAUUGUAAUUGGCCAAGUAGAUAUGGAAACUCUGGUGAAGAAACACCUUUUGAGCAAACAGGACUGGGAAAAAAACUUCAAAGCAUUAAAAGUUAGAGGAAAAGAAGCAGAACGUCUUCCAAGCACCAUCAAGAUUGAUUGUUUAAUAGUUAAUUGCAAUCCUGUGAAAACUGUAAUUGAUGAUUUUAUCCAGAAGUUGUAUGAUGUUCUUGUCAUUUCUUUGAGAAAAUCUAUACAAGCACACCUGCAUGAUAUUUCUUCAUUUCUUACUGAUGCCAUGGAAACGUUAGUAGUUAGGCCCCAGACUAUAGAAGAAAUACAAGAAGACAAUUUAAAAUAUGCGCACCUACUUGAAGGAAAAGAAGAGAUUUUUACCCAGUUUCAAGAGGCUGAAGAUAAAAACAAACUACUGCGAACUGUGGCUGGUACAGGUUUGGACUCCAUCAGUAACCUAAGAGCUACCUGGGAUAAAUUUGAAUUAAUGAUGGAAAGCCAUCAGCUUAUGAUUACAGAGCAGAUUGAAAUGAUGAAAGGAAAUGUGAUGUCACGUAUUAAUAUAUAUCUCCAAAAUCUGGAGAAGUUUAAAGCUCGUUGGGAUCAGUUAAAGCCAAGCGAUGAUGUCAUUGAAACAGGUCAUCAGGAUGUGCUUGAGAAAAGUGCUCAGACCAUAAAGGAAAAAAAAAAGGAAUUUGAUGAACUUGAAGUCAUGAAGGGAAAACUCAUUGAAGAGUGCCAUCAUUUUAAACUGGAAGAACCGGACUUCUCUUUGGCAACAGUUGUAUGUCAGGAUAUUAAGAGUUGUGCAGAAAUUUGGGCAUUGUAUGAAGAAUUUUUUCAAGGUUUUCAGGAAAAAGCCAAAGAAGACUGGAUUACUUUUAGGAGUAAAACAUAUCUCUUUGAAGAGUUUUUGUUUAACUGGCAUGACAAAAUGAGGAAGAUAGAAGAACAUACUGUAAUGACAGUAAAGUUACAAAAAGAAGUAGACAAAUACAAGAUGGUAAUUCCUUUCCUAAAAUAUGUCAGAGGAGAACAUCUUUCACCAGACCAUUGGCUGGAUCUUUUUCGUAUUCUGGGUUUUCCCCGAGGUACUACACUUGAGGGUUUGUUAUUUGGAGAUCUGCUUAAAGUCACUGAUGCCAUUAUAGAAAAAGCAACAGAACUUAAGGAUUUGAAUUGUCGAGCACAAGGUGAAGUCACAAUCAGAGAAGCAUUACGUGAGCUUGAGCUAUGGGGAGCUGGAGCUAUUUUUACAUUAACAGAUUAUGAAGACAGCCAAAGGAAGACUAUCAGGCUUAUUAAAGACUGGAAAGACAUAGUCAAUCAGGUUGGAGAUCAUCGUUGUCUUCUACAGUCCCUCAAGGACUCCCCUUACUACAAAGGUUUUGAAGAUAAAGUGUCCAUCUGGGAAAAAAAAUUGGCCGAGUUGGAUGAAUAUUUGCAGAAUUUAAACCAAAUUCAAAGGAAAUGGGUCUAUUUGGAACCUAUAUUUGGUCGUGGAGCUCUACCCAAAGAGCAGGCUCGUUUUAACAGAGUUGAUGACGACUUUAGAUCAAUUAUGUCUGAUAUCAAGAGGGAUAAUAGGAUAACAUCACUGAAUGCCCGGAGAGGAUUAAGAAAUACCUUAAUUACGAUACUUGACCAGCUUCAGAGAUGUCAAAGAUCUUUGAAUGAAUUUUUGGAGGAAAAACGCUCAGCAUUCCCUAGAUUCUAUUUCAUUGGAGAUGAUGAUUUAUUGGAAAUCUUAGGACAGUCCAUGAAUCCGAUGGUCAUCCAGUCUCACCUCAAGAAACUUUUUGCUGGUAUUAAUAGUGUGAGCUUUGAUGAAGAAUUUAAAUAUAUAACUGCCAUGAAGUCAGUAGAAGGAGAAACUGUGCUACUUAAAAACAAAAUUCUUCUGUCAAAUGAUGUGGAGGUGUGGCUAAGCAGUUUGGCUUUGGAGAUGAAGGAGACCCUGAAAGAAUUGUUACUUGAUUGCAUUACUGCUGGAAAAAAAACACAAGGUUCAAUUGAUCCAUCUCUCUAUCCUUCUCAGAUUCUUUCAUUGGCAGAGCAAAUUCAGUUCACUGAAGAUGUAGAAAAUGCUAUCAAAGAGCAUAAUCUACAACAAUUAGAACUGGAGCUCAUGUCUAAACUGGAGCAUUAUACUAGCGUAGACACAAGUAUAGAAGGUGCCAGGAGUACAGAAUCGGAAAUCCUGGAUCUCAAGCUUAAAGCCCUGAUUCUUGAUAUUAUUCAUAACAUUGAUGUGGUCAAGCAGCUAAAUCAAGCUCAGGUUCACAGUGCUGAUGACUGGGCUUGGAAGAAGCAGCUGAGAUUCUACAUGAAAGAACAGAAAUGUUACAUUCAAAUGGUAGAUGCUGAACUCCAAUAUACUUAUGAGUAUCAGGGUAAUUCCCCUAAACUUGUUUAUACACCUUUGACAGAUAAGUGUUACCUAACUCUUACUCAAGCUAUGAGGAUGGGUCUUGGAGGAAAUCCCUAUGGUCCAGCUGGAACUGGAAAGACAGAAUCAGUAAAGGCCUUGGGUGGACUUCUUGGAAGACAAGUAUUAGUCUUUAACUGUGAUGAGGGCAUUGAUGUGAAGUCAAUGGGGCGCAUAUUUGUAGGCCUGGUCAAGUGUGGUGCCUGGGGCUGUUUUGAUGAAUUCAAUAGGCUUGAGGAAGCUGUACUGUCCGCAGUAUCCAUGCAGAUUCAGACAAUCCAGCAUGCUUUGAAGAAACACAGUCCUGUAUGUGAAUUGCUUGGCAAAAAGGUUGAAAUGGAUCAUAAUUCUGGAAUUUUUAUCACUAUGAAUCCUGCUGGAAAAGGUUAUGGAGGAAGACAAAAACUACCUGAUAACCUCAAACAACUUUUUAGGCCAGUUGCCAUGACCCAUCCAGACAAUGAACUCAUUGCAGAAGUCAUUUUGUAUUCAGAAGGCUUUAAGGAUGCUAAAAAGCUGGGCAGAAAAUUAGUGGCUAUUUUUAGUCUAGCCAGGGAGCUUUUGACACCACAACAGCACUAUGACUGGGGCUUACGAGCAUUGAAGACUGCUCUGAGAGGCUGUGGCAGUCUCCUUCGUCAGCGGAAGAAGUGUGAAACAAAGGAAGAAAUUAAUGAAAGUCACAUGGUGGUCCAGGCCUUGCGGCUUAAUACCAUGUCGAAGCUGACGUUUGCAGACUGUGCACGAUUUGAUGCACUGGUUAAAGAUGUCUUCCCUGGCAUUGACUUUAAAGAUGUGGAGUAUGCUGAGUUAAGUGCAGCUUUGCACCAAGCCUUUGAAGAAGCAAAUUUGGAAAUUAUAAGCACCCAGAUCAAGAAGGCUUUGGAAUUGUAUGAACAACUCCAUCAAAGAAUGGGUGUAGUUAUCGUAGGUCCAAGUGGUGCAGGUAAAUCAACACUUUGGCGGAUGUUAAAGACAGCGCUUGGCAAAACGGGCAGAGCAGUGAAGCAGUACACCAUGAAUCCUAAAGCCAUGCCUCGCCAGCAGCUGCUCGGCCACAUUGACAUGGACACCAGGGAGUGGUCUGAUGGGAUGCUUACCAACAGCGCUCGGCAGGUGGUCCGAGAACCCCGAGACAUUACCUCAUGGAUAAUUUGUGAUGGUGACAUUGAUCCUGAAUGGAUUGAAUCUUUGAAUUCUGUUUUGGAUGACAAUAGAUUGUUGACUAUGCCCAGUGGAGAAAGAAUCCAAUUUGGCUCAAAUGUUAAUUUUAUAUUUGAAACUCAUGAUCUUAGCUGUGCCUCUCCUGCUACAAUAUCUCGAAUGGGAAUGAUCUUUUUGAGUGAUGAAGAUACAGAUCUCAAUUCUCUGAUAAAGUCUUGGCUAAGAAGUCAGCCUGAGGAAUGCCGGUAUAACCUUGAAAAUUGGAUUGGGGACUAUUUUGAGAAAGCUUUAAACUGGGUUGUGAAGCAGAAUGACUAUGUGGUAGAAACAAGUCUAGUUGGAACUGUGAUGAAUGGACUCUCUCAUCUACAUGGAUGUGCUGAUCGUGGGCAGUUUAUCAUUAACUUGCUACGGGGUCUUGGUAACAAUCUCAACAUGAAAUCACGACAAGAGUUUACAAAACAGGUUUUCACUUGGGCACGAGAAUCUCCACCAGAUCCCAGGAAGCUUCUGGACACAUAUUAUGAUCCAGGCACUGGACAGCUAAUGACAUAUCAACUGAAAAAACCUGAAAAUCUAACAGCUGACGACUUCAGUAAUCUCCAAACGCUUCCUGUCAUCCAAACUCCUGACAUGCAGAGAGGUUUAGAUUACUUUAGACCUUGGCUAGAUUUUAACAAUAAGCAGCCAUUUCUUCUUGUGGGUCCUGAAGGAUGUGGAAAAGGGAUGCUGCUUCGUUAUGCAUUUUCUCAACUCCGAUCCACGCAGAUUGCUACUAUUCACUGCAGUGCACAAACUACCUCUCAACAUCUUCUGCAAAAAUUGAGUCAAACCUGCAUUGUAAUCAGUACAAACACUGGGCGAGUAUACAGACCAAAGGACUGUGAAAGGCUUGUUUUGUACUUAAAGGAUAUCAACCUGCCGAAACCGGAUAAGUGGGGAACAAGCACUCUCGUGGCUUUUCUGCAGCAGGUUCUGACAUACCAAGGAUUUUAUGAUGAAAAUCUGGAAUGGGUUGGUUUGGAAAACAUCCAAAUUGUGGCUUCUAUGUCUGCUGGAGGAACAUUAGGAAGGCAUAAACUUACUACCAGAUUUACUUCUAUUGUUCGGAUUUGUGCAAUUGACUAUCCAGAGAGAGAGCAACUGCAAACUAUUUAUAGUGCCUACUUGGAACCUGUACUGCAGAAAAAUCUAAAGAAUCACCCUGCCUGGGGUUCUUUACCAAAAAUACAUCAGCUAGCAGGAUCUAUGGUUCAAGUAUAUGAGCAGGUACGGGCAAAAUUCACUGUUGAUGAUCACAGUCAUUACCUCUUUACCCCGUGUAUUCUUACUCAGUGGGUUCUUGGUUUAUUCAGAUAUGAUUUAGCAGCUGGAUCAUCAACACAAACUGCAGAAUAUGUAUUGGAAAUUGUUGCUUACGAAGCACAUCGUUUAUUCCGUGACAAAAUUGUUGGCAUGAAAGAACUCUCUAUAUUUGAUAAUAUUUUAAUGAAAGUGUUUCAAGGUGACUGGGGCUCAGAUGUUCUGGAUAAUAUGGCAGAUACCUUCUACGUAACUUGGGGAGCUUGUCAUGAGACAUGCAUUGCUCCAGGACAGGCACUACCACCUCAUGGGAGGCCUCUUGGCAGGCUAAGCUCAGCAGACCUGAGCGAUGUUAUUAAAAAAGGCAUUACUCAUUAUGGGCGAGACAAAAAAGAGAUUGAGAUUCUACUGUUCCAAGAAGUCAUCUAUUAUAUGUCCAGAGUGGACAGAGUGUUAAGUUUUCCUGGAGGAUCACUCCUGUUGGCAGGGCGGAGCGGUGUCGGUCGUCGAACAGUUACAUCUUUAGUUAGUCAUAUGCAUGGAGCUGUUCUGAUUACUCCCAAAAUUUCCAGAGGCUAUGGGCUGAAGCAAUUCAAAAAUGACCUUAAACAUGUGAUGGAGCUUGCUGGCAUCGAAGCACAGCAGGUGGUGUUACUGCUUGAGGACUACCAGUUUGUUCACCCCGCAUUCCUCGAGAUGAUCAACAGUUUACUCUCUUCUG